CUUUCUCUCCACUAUCAAGUGCCACCCAUACUUUUGCUUUCUUAUAAUAAAUGGGGAGUCUCAUACUUUUGCUUUCUUUCUCUCCAUUUCUCUCAAUUCUCCAAUCCUUUAACUCCACCUUCUUCCCUUAUUUUAAAUGGUCGAGAUCGACGGCUUAUUAAAAAAAUGGAGACUUUGCCAAUGAAAAAAGAAAGUACAAAUCAAUCAAUUUUGUGAAUUAAAAAAUUGAUAUCAUAUAAUUUUUGUUUCACUGUCCACGCUCUAUCACGUUACUUGUUACCCAACCCAUUGUUUAGUAUAAAUUCAGAGUCUUUUAUCGAGAAAAAUACUAGUAAUAAGCUAUGGCAGGAGCGAUGAAGGCCGCGGCGAAGGUGACUAGGACAUUGCUCAUGAAUGGAGGUGGCCGACAGCUCACAGUAGAGAACCACCCGGUCUCGGUUGCUGCUGUGUCCACCCACUCAUUGACAGCGAUGGACGUGCCACUGAUGGCUUCUUCGUCACAAUCGAAUGAGGAGCUGAGGGUUACGGCGCCCACUCUUCGGGAAGCAAGAGAAGCAACUUCUGAACUAUCACACGCUGGUCGAUUAUUUCUAGCUUCAUCUAAUUCUGAUCGACAUGAGGACAUGGCAGUAGGAGAUCAACAUCCAAACUCACUGCUGCAGUCAAACUUACAUUUGCCUACGGCUGCUAUUCAAGCAUUUAAUCUUCUAAAUGAAAGCCCACAAGUUCAGAAUGUUGUUUCUUCUAUUGUUGCUGAUCCAAAUGUGUGGAAUGCUGUGAGACAAAACCAAGACUUUCAGAAUUUGUUCCAAUCACGCAGGAGCCUCGCUACUAGUAUUCUCUAUCAGCCGUCUCUGGCUACAGUCCAUAAUGAUACCUCAUUUGAGUCGAUUAAAAAUUUUUUGCGUGAGUCGAUUACAAAUUUUUUGUGGACGAUGAAGGGGAUUGUGGUGGACGUGAUGGAUUGGAUGGUCCAUUGGUCUGUAUCGUUCGAGAAUUUAAUUGGACCUGAUCGAAUGCCUCAAAAUGAUGAUGGAAAUACAAGAUUUGACUCUUCAAAUAAUUUGGAAAAAUUGAUCACUGCAUUGGUAGUCUCGGUGAUAAUGAUGAUUUUGAUGAAACGUAUUAAAUAAUCUCUCUUCAAGUUUUACAUAUUCGUCAAACUUUCGAUGCUUCCAUGUAUCACAAACUCUUAAAUUAGCAAUCGCUCUUGAAUUGCAAGACAUCAGGAGCUUAUCUGCUUGUCUUUUUGUGAGUUGUUGCAUUUGCUUUUUAAUAAGAACCAAGUAAUUUUGUGGUGUUCA